AUGACUCUUGUUCCCCUUUGUCUUCCUCUGCUGGCCGCACUGCUGCAGCCCACCCUCUGCCGAUACAACUGCUCUUCUGACUAUGACAGGAUCCCAGACAGCUCAGACUUGACAGUGGACUGCGGCACCGCCACGAUCGCACUGGAAAUCAACCUGUGCACAGCUCAGUGGGCGGGGUUCAACUUGUCUAACAUGGCACUAAACGGGGAGCACAAUGUCACAGAGUGCCAGGGCUCCAUUGCCUCCAGCGAGGACCCACCCGUCAUCCGCUACCAGCUUCCGGUCAACCGCAGCGAUGAAAACCCCUGUCGACAGUCCUUCCAGAUUGUGGAUGAGACCCCUGACCCCACAGGUCCCUUCAGCAACUUCCUCAACAUCCAGUCGGUCAUCAUCACGGGCUUCAUCGACACCCCCAGAUCAGAGCAGGGGGUGAUAAGCUACUCCACGGACCUCUACUAUCAUUUCUCCUGCCGCUAUCCCUUGGAGUACCUGAUCAACAACACGCAGAUCGUGGCUUCCUCUGUGUCUGUGGCAACGAGUGACAACAAUGGAAGCUUCAUUGACAUGUUAAAAAUGAGUGUUUAUAAUGACUCAAGCUAUGGCUAUCCGCUAGUUGUCCCUUCAUCAGGGCUGCAGCUGCGAACAAAAGUCUAUGUGGAAGUAAAGGCCGUGAACCUGACUGGAAACUUCCAUGUGCUGCUGGAUCAUUGCUUCGGAACUCCCACCGCUUACAAUGUGUCGCACACCGAGCAGCACAACUUCUUCACCGGGUGUUCAGUGGAUAACAGGGCGACGAUAGAUACCAACGGACAUUACAAGUUUGCCCGCUUUGCCUUUGAGGCCUUCCGCUUCGUUCAACACCGCGAGCAGGCCAAGUCCAGCAUCUACCUACACUGCAUUCUCCGACUCUGUGAGCCCACCAAAUGUCAAGAACUCUUGAACGCUUGUAACAACAGAAAAAAAAGAUCCCUGACACCUUUCGGACAGGAGGGCAGAGACUCAGCCGCUCUUUCAAUUGGACCGCUGUACACCGCCGGAGAAGACAGGCCUGCAGCAGAACCCUACAGUGGUAAUGUGGUGUCACAGAAGGAUGACCUGAAUGUGGCGGGCCUGGUGGUCGGUGUGGUGUUUGCCUCGGCCGCGUCCGCUCUGUUGGUUCUUGGCAGCUGGUUCAUACUGAAGAAGUUUUGCUGGGCAGGUCACUUACCUCAUGCCUUCAACUGA